GAUUCCUCACUUACUCGUUGAGAUUUCUAUUGGUUUAAGGCGACCUUCCAGCCGCCAAAGCUCUAGGAGCCGCAGCAUUUCCCUGGCCCAGAUCCAAAGCAGGCACCCCCGUGGAGACGGUUUUAUUUUAGGGGUUGGAACGGUUUUUUUCUGUCUGCUUCGGGGAAGGAUGUAUAAUACUCACACAGAAGUGUAGAUGAUGAAUGGGGCUCUGCGAGUAACUCUUCCUCCCCCACAGUUUUUAUAGGAAGAAUAUUUUACGUCUUUUCAACGGUGGCCCUGAAGGCAACCUGCAGAUCUAAUGCACGCUUAAAUUCUCCAACCGGAGCCUCAGCCAACGAUGCUGAAGCUGACUGACGUGUUGGCUGCAGCGUGUGAGAUGGGGGUUUCUCCUCCAGAGCCCUGAAUGGUUUUCUUGCCCUUCGGAUGGUGGUGGUAAGCUGUGAGACAGGCUACCAUGGAUUUCAGCACCUCGUCUGUGUUUGAUCAGCAAAAAGGUGACUCAUCUGAGGAAGUCGACCUGACCAUGGUUUAUCAGGCAGCAUCUAAUGGGGACGUCAAUGCUCUGACUGCUGUGAUUCGAGAAGACCCUUCUAUCCUGGAAUGCUGUGACAGUGAAGGAUGUACGCCCUUGAUGCAUGCGGUUUCUGGACGCCAAGUGGACACAGUAAAAUUGCUGUUGAAGAUGGGUGCCAACAUUAAUACACAGGAUGCGUACGGCCGUACCAGUUUAUGCCUGGCAACCUACUUGGGCUGGCUUGAAGGCUGUGUGAGUCUGCUCAGAAACGGAGCCAAGCACAACAUCCCAGACAAAAAUGGCCGCCUACCACUGCAUGCUGCCACUGCGGAGCCUGAUGUGAGGCUUCUCCUAGUCCUCCUGCAGCAGUCCAGCCUCGGUGAGAUCAACCACCAGGACACCGAGGGAAUGACGCCACUCCAUUGGGCAGCUUUCCACAACCGGCCUCAGCACACCCAAAUGCUAUUGAAGAAGGGGGCAGACCCCACCCUCGUGGACAAGGACUUUAAAACAGCUCUCCACUGGGCAGUCCAGAGUGGAAAUCGGAUUCUGUGCUCCAUCAUCCUGAGUCAUCAUCAGGGCCCGUCCAUUAUCAACUAUGACGACGAGAGUGGGAAGACAUGUGUCCACAUCGCAGCAGCUUCGGGUUUCGGUGACAUUAUUAACGAUCUGGCAAAAGUCCCUGAGUGUAACCUGCAGGCUCUAGAUGUGGAUGACAGGACACCCCUGCACUGGGCUGCAGCUGCCGGAAAGGCAGAAUGUGUUCAGUCACUGCUGGAUUUGGGCAUGGACAGCAACCUGAGGGACAUUAAUGAGAGCACGCCCCUGGCCUAUGCCCUGUACUGUGGUCACACAGCCUGUGUCAGGCUCCUCUCCCAAGAAGGCCGAGCAGAGGCUGUCCGACCUCUUCCUUCCCAGAUCAGUCUACCACAGAAGAAGGAAGGACGAUUCAGCGUGUUCAACCAAAUCUUCUGCAAAACCAAGAAGGAAGAGCAGAAAGUCCCCCAGAAGGACCAGAGCAGGGACAAACACAAGCAAGAGGACACCUCGGAAGUCAAUGACAUCAUCACUGCCUUUGACGGCGUCGCGGAUACCAACUGCCAAGACCAGCCUGGUGACCAGGUGCCUAUGGUUGUCUUUAAGAAGAGGACCUCCGAGAAUUCAAAGUAUCUCUUGCCAGAAAAGAAACCCCUGGCCCGGAAGGGGCUUCCACCAAUCAGAACACAGAGUCUCCCACCCAUCACUCUGGGCAGUCACUUCCUGACAGCCUCCCAUGGAACUACUUCCCAUGCUGCCUUGGGCUGUGGUCCUCAGCAUCCUGCCCAACGUUCCCAGAAAAGCCGAAGUGAACAGGACUUAUUAAAUAACAGGACUGGCUGCCCAGUGUCACUAGACAGUCCCUGGAAAGGUGACACCAGGCAGACGUUCUCCUGCAAGGCUUGGACCGUGUCUUCUUCUGAUAAGUUGCUAGACAGGCUGUUGGCUGGCCAGCCUGGUCACCAGGAGCUCCCUGGGCCACCACAUCUUCCUCAUCUACAUAAUCCCUCACCAGGACAAGCUCUUCAGCAUCUGUCUCCAAAUAGACCUAAAGUCAGGGAUCUACCCUUCACUCGGAACAGCCUUGCACCGCUGCCGGACCAAAAAUUUCUAUCUGGAGAACCCCUGAGAACCAACCGGGUGCUCCCAGCGAUUCCAAGCCUUCGGGGACACAGCCAGCCAACUGAAGAGAGAGGGCGGCCCUCCAGCCCCACCCAGGAUGAAAACUAACAGCAGAUCUCGAGUUUUGGAAAUACACAAGAUACAUAUUUUUCAACUUUCCAAGGGUGAGAUUACUCUGGUUCCUAUGAACAAAGCCCUAACUUAAUAGGCUGCGUUCUACAAGCCAUUCACGGUUUUAUAAUUCAGGGUCCCUUAUUUCAAAUACAUAUACUUCCUAA